AUGGAGCGUCGAAUAGUCAGAAUAUUGUAUACAUUGAUUAUAUUUGCAUUAGUGAAUGAGAUGUCAGUCGCCGUUCAAACUCGAGACAACAGUAAGAGGCGUACUAAAGAAAAAUCUGGUGGUUUCCAAAAAAAUAUAUGCGAUAUUACUGAUCGAGAUUCAAAAGUGCAUUGUUACUGUGAAAAUACAAGAGAACCAAGAAAUGCAACAAAAGCUGAAUGUUGGGUGUUCAACGGCGGUAUACCUCGGGACGACCUCAUUUGGCAAAGUUUUGCGUCACAACCAACUUUACAAACUUUGUCUUUUAACGUUCGCGUCGAUGGCGCGCUGGGCUACGUGCCGACCAAAGCGCUUCAAUACUUACAGAGACUUAAAUCUAUAAAUAUUAAAUACGGCAACAUUGUGGAUGUCAGAUCUUAUGCCUUCGCGAAUCUAACCAGCUUAAAAGAGGCGACGCUAUCACAAAAUCAAAUCGAAACUCUCCAGCAGUACGCAUUCGCACAUCUACCAAACUUAACAGUUGUAAAUUUAGAAGAGAACAUGAUUUUGGAAAUUGGGAGGGAUUCUUUUUUCGAUGUACCAAAAUUACAAAAACUGAUAUUUACGAAAAAUAACAUUUCUACAAUCAGCAACGGAGCGUUCCAACAUGCAUUCAAUCUGGUGGAGCUAGAUUUAAAUAAGAAUAACAUAUUUCAUUUAAACCGUCACACAUUUGACGGGUUGGCGAAUUUAAAGAGAUUAGAUCUUAGAAGAAAUCGCAUAUACAAUCUAACCGAAUUUACAUUCGCUGAGUUAUGGAACUUACAAGAGUUGCUUUUGGGGAAGAACGAUUUAAAAUAUAUAUCAGAGCGAGCAUUUGAUGGUUUAUCCCAACUGCAAAAGUUGUCCCUCGAUGAUAAUAAACUGGCGUCACUUCCCUCCGGUUUGUUUGAAGGCGUGAGGGGACUGAGCUCGCUAGACUUGAGAUCAAAUGAACUACACGCCCUAACUUUCGACAACAUCAAACCUAUAUUGGAUAAUUUGAAGCCUUUAGGCAGCAAUUUGUUACUGGAAGAAAACAACUUUGUAUGCGACUGCAGAUUGAAAUGGAUGCAUACUUUAAGAAAUGAAACCAAGAGUCAAAAUACGAAAGAUUCGUUAGAAAGUGUCACUUGCAAGAUGGAUCCACCGAUCGUUAGUUCCGCAUACAAUAAAAUGCCAGAUGAAAGUAUAGAUAUAAAUAAGAAUUCUCAAAAAAUCUCAAUCGACUCAUUUAAAGCAAAUUCAACAAAUAAAAAAAUAGAUGAAUUAAAAGAUAUGGCAAGCGAUUUAAACUCUAAGAGACCAGCUAAGAGAAAUGUACUGAAAAUUUCACCAGAAACACUACCUUGUCCUGUAGAUACAAGAAAGACAACUGAAAUACCUUACAUAAUAGAUCAAGUUAUUCCAAUUCAAAAUGAAAUGAAGACGUUUAGAUUUCAAGAGAUGAAUGCUGCGCACAAAACAGCUUUGGUGUACCAUCUUAUAUUAUGGAGUAGUUGCUUCGUGUUUUUCUUCACU